CUGCAGACUGGCAGAGAGUUACAGACUCUGAAUGGGGGAGAGGAAGUAAAAAGGAGGAGGGGUGCACAGUGCUGAGAGUGUGAGGGACAGCGAGAGUGCAGAGACCUAGGAGAGACAGAGAGAGCGCAGGGACCUAGGAGAGACAGAGAGAGUGCAGGGACCUAGGAGAGACAGACAGUGCAGGAGAGUGCAGGGACCUAGGAGAGACAGACAGAGUGCAGGGACCUAAGAGAGGCAGACAUUGCAGAAGAGACAGAGAUAGUGCAGGGACCUAGGAGAGACAGUCAGUAGAGUACAGGAGAGACAGAGUUCAGGGACCUAGGAGAGACAGAGAGAGUGCAAGGACCUAGGAUAGACAGAGUGCAGGGACCUAUGAGAGACAGAGAGAGUGCAGGGACCUAAGAGAGACAGACAUUGCAGAAGAUACAGAGAGAGUGCAGGGACCUAGGAGAGACAGACAGUACAGUACAGGAGAGACAGAGUUCAGGGACCUAGGAGAGACAGGCAGUGCAGGAGAGACAGAGAGAGUGUAGGGACCUAGGAGAGAUAGGCAGUGCAGGAGAGACAGAGAGAGUGCAAGGACCUAGGAUAGACAGAGUGCAGGGACCUAUGAUAGACAGAGAGUACAGUACAGGAGAGACAGACAGAGUGCAGGGACCUAGGAGAGGCAGACAGUGUAUGAGAGACAGUGCAGAGUGCAGGGGAGAGAGACUGCUUUGACCUAGGACAGAGACAGACAGUUCGGGAUCUAGGAAAGACAACGUGCAUAGACAGGCAGACAGCAUGAGAGAGGCAGGCUGGGCAGAGUGAGACAUGGGAAUAAUAAUAGGAAGACAGUGCUGAUGGUGGGAUGGGCAGAGUGGAGGGGGCCUGGAAGAGACACACAGAGUGUAAAAACCAAUAACAGAAAGUUCAGGGAUCUUGAUCAGGUUGGCUGAGAGUGUAGGGAUCUUGGGGAAAUAGAGUGCAUGAAUCAAGGGGACAGAGUGUAGAGAUCUGGGAGAGAGUGAGUGGGAUAAGAAAGAGACAGGUUGAAAUUAGUACAGGGAUCUGGAAGAGACAGGCUGAACAGAGUGCAGGGGUUUGUGAGAGACAGGAAGAGUAGAGUGCAUGGACCCAGGAAAAAGACAGAUAGUGCAGGGGUCUGAGAGAAGUUGAGAGGUAAUGCAGGCAUCUAGAGAGACAUGGAAAUAGUGCUGUUAUCAGGGAGAGACUGAUGAGAACUGGAAGUGACAGAGUGCAUGGGUCAGAGACAGACAGAGUGCAGUCAUCUGGGAAUGAGACAGUGCAGGUACUCUGAGGGAUUGGCAGGUCUCGUAGAGAGUGCAGAUAUCAGAGUGCAGGGUUGUGAUACAGGGAGUGACAGUGGGAGGUCUCUCAGAGAGUGCAGGUAUCAGACAGUCAGAGUGCAUGCAGGUAUCAGAGUGCAGUGCUCUGAUAGAGGGAGUGACAGUGGGAGGUCUCUCAGAGAGUGCAGGUACCAGACAGUAAGAGUGCAGUGCUCUGAUAGAGGGAGUGACAGUGGGAGGUCUCUCAGAGAGUGCAGGUAUCAGACAGUCAGAGUGCAGUGCUCUGAUAGAGGGAGUGACAGUGGGAGGUCUCUCAGAGAGUGCAGGUAUCAGACAGUCAGAGUGCAGUGCUCUGAUAGAGGGAGUGACAGUGGGAGGUCUCUCAGAGAGUGCAGGUAUCAGACAGUCAGAGUGCAGUGCUCUGAUAGAGGGAGUGACAGUGGGAGGUCUCUCAGAGAGUGCAGGUAUCAGACAGUCAGAGUGCAGUGCUCUGAUAGAGGGAGUGACAGUGCGAGUCUCUCAGAGAGUGCAGGUAUCAGACAGUCAGAGUGCAGUGCUCUGAUAGAGGGAGUGACAGUGGGAGGUCUCUCAGAGAGUGCAGGUAUCAGACAGUCAGAGUGCAGUGCUCUGAUAGAGGGAGUGACAGUGCGAGUCUCUCAGAGAGUGCAGGUAUCAGACAGUCAGAGUGCAGUGCUCUGAUAGAGGGAGUGACAGUGGGAGGUCUCUCAGAGAGUGCUCGGGGCGGGCAGUCUCUCAGGAGGUGGGCAUUGUUGGACUCCCAGCCCGGACCAGGCAGAUCAGCACCAGGGACAGGACCGGGGCCGAGCCGUGUUAGAGCCGGGCCGAGGAUGAGGGCGCUGCCGGUGCUCCUGCUGCUCGGGACGGUCCGCUCCGGACUGGGCUUUAACGUGGACACCCGCUUCCCGCUGGUAAAACAGGCUGGCAUCUCCGGGGGCAUGUUCGGCUUCUCAGUGUCCCUGCACCAGCAGACCGAGGGAGAGAGACGGUACCUGCUUCUCUCAGGAGCUCCACAAGACAGUGCACCUGUAGGUGUGAAAGCUAACAGGACAGGCGCUCUCUAUGCUUGUCCCAUUACGGACAGCGCCACAGACUGUUUCAGGAUCUCCAUCGAUCCAGAAAGCGAUCCUAGCAAAAAUAUUAUUGAGAAUAUGUGGUUGGGCGUCACAGUUGAGUCACAAAGAGAUGGAGGUCGGGUGUUGGUAUGUGCCCACAGAUAUACUGCAGUGCAGUGGUCUGGCAAUGAGGAUCAACGCAGAAUGAUUGGAAGAUGUUACGUUCGGGGGAAUGACUUAGAAUUCAAUGACGAGGAUGAUUGGCAGUCAUACCACAAUGAGUUGUGUAACUCUAACAAAGACCAUGAACUCACAGGAAUGUGCCAGCUAGGCAUGAGUGGAGGCUUCACAAAAAAUAUGGUGUACUUUGGGGCUCCAGGGGCCUACAACUGGCAGGGUACUGAUUCCAUUCUACAGAGAGACACAAACUGGGACAUGAAGGAGUUUUCUUAUCCUAGCAACAAACAGUACAAUACAUAUAUGGGAUACUCCGUUCAGAUUAGCACGGGUGUGCUGCACCAGGACCAGGUGACAGUGGUGUCUGGAGCCCCUCGCUUUGAUCAUAGGGGUGCCGUGUUUCUACUUGAAAUCCAGGGGGACGCUUUGGAGGUCAGAACUUUCCUAACUUCAGAGCAAGUGGGCUCUUAUUUUGGAAGUGCUAUCGCUCUUGUGGAUGUUAACAAUGAUGGCCUGCAGGACAUUGCGGUAGGGGCUCCUUAUUACUUUGACCGGAAGGAGGAAGUGGGUGGAUCAGUCUACAUUUAUAACAACGAGGCAGGGUAUUUCAAAAAUGAGUCAUCUCUGGUGCUGCGCGGUCCUAGUGCCUCUGGGUUUGGAUUUGCUCUAGCAAACAUUGGAGACAUUAAUCAGGAUGGAUUCACUGACCUUGCAGUCGGGGCUCCCUUCGAAGAUUCUGGUAAAGUGUAUAUCUACCUCAGCAAGGCUAAUGGCCUACAAAAUAAGCCCUACCAGGUGAUUGAUGGUGCCCAGGCGGGCAGUGUAUCUACUUUUGGCUACUCUCUAAGUGGAGGACUUGAUGUGGAUGAAAAUUCCUACCCAGACAUUCUCGUGGGCAGUCUGACUGAUCGCAUCGUCCUACUGAGAUCUCGUCCAGUUAUUAAUAUUUUAAAGAGUUUCAAGGUGACGCCAUCACUAGUCGAUCCCAGUAAAUGUUCUUCUACACAGUGUAUGACUGUCGAAAUCUGCUUUUCAUACUUGCUGAGCACUGGAAACCGCAAUGUUCAAAGACAAAUCAUGUUAGAAUACACCCUAGAGGCAGAUUAUGACAGAAGACCUUACCGUGCAAAGUUCUUCAAUUCUUCAAAUGUACACAAGGACACCUUCUUAAUGCCAGACAUAAAAUGUAAAACCAUCAAGCUCCUCUUACUGGACAAUAUACGGGACAAGCUGCAUCCAAUCCAUCUCUCCCUAAACUACUCCAUCGUAGAGAAGAUGCAGACAUCACCUUCAGCGGUCCAGUCUCUAGAUAACUAUCCCAUUCUUAACCCAGAGCAGAGCACCACUGAAGUGCUGGAGAUACACAUUAAGAAAGAGUGCGGGUCGGAUAAUGUAUGUAGGAGCAAUCUGCAACUGCAGUAUGAAUAUCUGGGACCAAAUCAGGAGGUGCUUCCAAGGGUGAACGGAACGCAAGUUCUAUAUUAUGACUCGGAUUUGAAGUUUUUGAAUCUAAAAGUGACAGUAACAAACUAUCCAAGUCCCACUUCGGCUGCUGAUGACGCCCAUGAAGCGUCACUGAAUGUUUCUAUUCCCACAGGAUUCCUGAUCUACUCUGUGAAACCAGUGUGCGAUCUGUUCGAUACCGUCUCAUGCGAUAUUGGAAAUCCUUUUAAAAGAGGACAAAUGAUGGAGAUUAACAUCAAAUUUGAAGUACAAAGUAUUUCUUUAAAGACAAGAGAAGUGGUUGCAAGUCUACAGCUCUCCACGCUAAGUAAACAAACAGAUCUGGAACCAAAGUAUGCAUACCUCUUGAUAGAUUACACAUUGAAGACUGCUUUCUCAGUGUCUCCUCCCAAUGUACAGACCUACUUUAGUGGUGAGGUCAUGGGAGAGUCUGCUAUGAAGACUGUUGAAGACGUAGGAAAUCCUGUAGAGUUCUCAUUUUUGGUACUAAAUGCUGGAGAACCUUUGGAGUCAUUGGGAACGUUGCUCGUAGUGGUGACAUGGCCAUAUGAAGUUAGCAAUGGGAAGUGGCUUAUUUACCCAACUGAAGCUUUAGUAAUCAGCGACGACGAUAAAAAACAGUGUAAUCCUCCCGGUGAUAUAAUUGACCCUUUAAAUCUCAUGCAUUCAGAUAAAUCGGAAUCCGGAGGAAGGAGACGAAGAGAGAUAGAAGAAAUCCCGGAUGUUAAGACUCUGGCAUCCAUCAAAACAGAGAGAUCCAUGUUGACACUUAGAUGUGCAGGAGGUGGUGCAAAUUGUGUGCAAUUUACUUGUCCGAUCACAAACUUGACAAAGACAGCCACAGUGACUGUGCGAGGGAGAGUGUGGAAUAGCACGUUCCUGGAGGAUUACCGAAAUGUAGAUCGAGUGCGAGUUGAAGGGGCAGCUGAACUUCAUCUCCAAACUGAUAUUCCCACCAUAAGGAUGGAGAGUCGCUCUGUAAUGUUCUCGGUAUCUAUUGACUCAUUAUUGGUAGAACCUCCGCAAGCAGAGAUCCCUCUUUGGCUGAUCAUCGUCUCCGUGGGAUCCGGCAUUCUCCUCCUGGGAAUUAUCAUCCUUCUUCUUUGGAAGGUUGGAUUCUUCCACCGGGUCGGAUAUUACCGGCUGGCUCAGACUCACAAUGCCGUGUGUGUCCGGCUGGAAGAGAGACAGAAGCUCUGCUCCCAAAUUCCUAACAACCAAAGGCAUUGGGUCACCAGCUGGCGGGAGACAGCCAGAUACUACUGAGAAGGCUCUCUACAUUCCAUGACCAACACAAUACACCUCGCACUGUUUCUCUGUAGAAAAAAGUAAUCACUGGAAUUUAAAGGAAAUGGAAAAUAUUAAAGUGACAGAACUGAGUGGGAUACAAUUAACCUGACAUUCUGGAAAUGGGUGGGGCAAAAUAUCCUAGGGGAGGAGCAUCUUAUACUUCGGUACUGGAUUUUGCGGUACAGGCUACUUAUUGACUUUGGGGGGGAGAGGG